AUGAUGAGGGGACACGGAGGACAGCAGGGCCAGGAUUACCCUGAGGGCGAAAUGGUGGAAAUCGACGUUCUUCAAGGCCAUCAUCAUCCUCAUCAACAUCAAUAUCAGCCACCCUACCAAAACGGCCAGCAGCAGAACCAGCACCAGGAGCAAUACCAAGAGUACUCUCAAAACCCAUACGGCGGCUCGUACGAGCACGAUCCUAACCAGGCCGGCCAGGAAGCGUACGGACGUGCCCUCACGAACAACGCUCCUUCGCCUUACCAGCAGCAGGACCAGUUUCAACAGCCGUAUCAGCAACAACAAUACCCGCAGUCCCACGCUGUCUCCGGGGACGAUUACGGCCCUCCUGGGUGGGCGAACCGUCACUCGAUAGGCAUUGCUGGUGCGCCAUCAAUCGGUCCCUCGAUCUCAGGGAUGGACACUCCUGUCGACUCGAGAGCGGCCACGCCGACGCUGAAGAGCGGUAUGCAGACGCCGUUCGACAACGAACACCUGCCUCCUCCGAGGCAUCCGUGGUCGAGUGAUUCCACGCCCAACAGUCCCAUGAACCAGAGUCACCAGAGCCUGCAAAACUUGCUGCCGGGGCAGGCUUCGCCUGUUCUCACUAAGGAAUGGGUUGAGGGAAGCGACCAGAUCGCGAGGCUUCACAAGCGCGAUGAUUCGGACAUCUGGAAGGGCUGGAAGCGCCACGUUUUCCGCAUGGUGCCCAUCUUCACCGUCCUCGCCACGGGGAUGUACCUUGUCUACCUCGGUCUGCGCAUUUACUGCGUCAUUUCUGCGCAGCAACUCGCCAAUGAGAUCUACGCUCAAGCCUGGGUUUUUAUCGCCGUCGAGGUCGCGGUGGCUAUUCCCUCCAUCAUGCACAACAUCUGGACCAUGUGGUCCAUGAAAAAGCGCCAGCGCCCCAAGUUGAGGCUCAUGGGCGACGAGGUCCCGACCGUCGACGUGCUGCUCACCUGCUGCGGCGAAGAGGACGACCUCGUUCUUGACACGGCCCGCGCUGCCUGCGAUGUCGACUACCCCCGCGACCGGUUCCGCGUCAUCAUUUGUGACGACGGCAAGUCGGCCGGCCUCGAGGCUGGAAUCGCGGCCUUGGCGAUGACCUACCCCAACGUUCACUACCUCGCCCGCCCGAAGUAUCCCGGUGUUCCUCACCACUUCAAGGCCGGUAACCUCAACCACGCCCUCGACUUCGUCCACACGAUGCCCGGCGGUGCUGGUCAAUUCAUGGCUGCUCUCGAUGCUGACAUGAUUCCCGAGCGCGACUGGCUCCGUGCCAUCCUGCCUCACAUGCUCAUUGACCCCAAGGUGGCCCUUGCCUGCCCCCCGCAAUUGUUCUAUAACACUCCUCCGUCCGAUCCCCUGGCCCAGUCCCUCGAUUUCUUCGUUCACGUCAUCGAGCCUAUCAAGGAUGCCCUUGGCGUCGCCUGGUGCACUGGUUCCGGUUAUUGCGUCCGCCGCGAGGCUCUUGACGAGAUUGGCAACUUCCCCCUGGGUUCUUUGGCCGAGGAUGUCGCAACUUCGACACUGAUGCUUGGAAAAGGCUGGAAGACGGCUUAUAUCCACGAGCCCCUCCAGUUCGGCACCGUUCCUGAGGACUAUGGCGGCCAUCUGAAGCAGCGUACUCGUUGGGCCAUUGGAACUGUCGACACCUCGUUCAAGCUUAACUUUUGUCUGUAUGGCGAGAAGGUUAAGCAGAUGACUGCGGCCCAGCGCUUCUCUGGUUUCCUCUACGCUACUCUGAGUUUGUACACCAUCCUCCUGACCCUGUCCAUGUUCGCCAUCCCGAUCAUUUUGGUCAUGGGCAAGCCCCUGGUCGCGUACGCCAACUACGAGCAACUCCGCUGGCUGAUCCGCGCCUGUUUCGCCGCCACCAUCACCAACCGACUGUGCGAGUUUGCCCUGUUCAUUCCCGCGGGCUACCACACCGGUCAGCGUGGCUCCCGCUACCAGUUGUGGAUGUCCCCGUACAUCGCGCUCUGUAUCAUCCGGUCUUUCAUCCUUCCGACAUGGCUCGGCGGCCAAACGCAGGCCUUCAAGCCCACCGGCUCCCUCGGCUCCGCUCUCAACGAGCGCGACCCCAAGACUCGCAAGGGCAUGUUCCGCCGCCUCUGGGGUGUACUGAUCAACUACAUGGCCAUCUUCCACCUUGCUUUCGUCUACCUGACCCUUGUUGGUGUCGUUCUCACCUCUUACCGCUGCUUCUACGUCAACGAUGACCUUCGCGAUACCCUGAUGUGCCUCAUCACGCACGCCUUCUGGCCGCCCCUGACGUUCAUCUUCAUCUGCAGCUCUCUGUGGACACCCAUCGCCUACGCCAUCGACCCGCCCAACAUGCCGGAACGUGAGCAGCUCCUCGACCGUGACCCCAAGACUUUCGUCGCGCACCCAACAAAGCAGAGCAAGAAGAUCGCCUUCGGCGGUCAGGCCGCGUGGUUCGAGACCGAGUUGACUGUUACGACGAGCUACACCAUCCUCGUCUUCGUCCUCACCUUCAUCUACUAG